AAGAGCGGAAAGGUGAAGGAGUCCAGACAAGCAGUGCCCACCAUGUCUGAGAGAGUUUUAGUUUAUCUAGGUGAAGAAAAAGAUAACGUUCUAUGCAUUGGGGGUUUGUUUGUUUGAGAGAAAGUACGCUUACAAAGCCUGCAGUUUCAAAAGAAGGAGAAGGCGCUGGUUUUGGCUUUUGCAGGGGGAGAGCGGCAAAGGGAGGGGGAGGGUACGAUCCACGUCAGCGAUGGGAUGUGUCCGAUACGCUUGUCUGCAGCCCACACAAAUCUCAUGUCAGCCCAUGUGCAGACAAACGAUCAGCGUUUAGCCAUCCAGCAACUCUUCUGAUUGACCUGCCUGUGCUUUUUGCAGCUACAUCUGGAGGUGGGUGAAGGUGAAGACCAUUUUUGGGGGACUGUGGGAUUGGGAAAGAUUGAUGAUUUAGCGGUGGAUUGAUUUAGUUUUAAUGGUGGAUGAUUAGAGGAAGAGUAGGGAGGGAGGGAAGGAGGAGGCGUGGAGUGUUGGGCUUGUUUUCUUUUUUGGCCUAGGAGGGCGUGUAGAGGGGCCCAGGCGCCGCCCACUCACCCACCCGGGAGCCUGGAUGCACAUCAAUCCAUCUACAUUUACAUACACCACCGCCACCACCAUUCCACAAAGCCCACCUCUUUCUUCAAUCUUCCGCCAUUACAAAGUACACUUACUUUGCCUUGCCGCCUCCUUGCUUUGCCUGCGCCGCCUAUAUAUAUUAUAUAGAAAUGGAGGAAUAGGCUUGUUGUGUAGCUGUAGGGCGAGUGAUUUGCACAUUUGGGAGGGGAGUAUAAAUAUAUUAAGGAAUACGGAUAUACAGGAUGGGUCCAGGGAGAGGAUAAAAAACCCAUUGUUUUUUUGGUUGUGGUGGGUUUGCUCGCGAGGGAGAGACAGAGGGUUUGUUUUAUAAGGUGAUGUUGGCAUGGCUGAAUACCAAGGAACGCCUUCACAUGUGCUGCAACAACAGCAGCAGCAGUUGAAGCAGGAGCAGGAGCAGCAGAGUCAGAGGGGGGAAUGCCAGACGUCGGAAGAGGAGAGCCGGAGCAGUGGAGGAGGGUCGCGGAAUAGCCAGAGGGAGAAUGCCCAAGCUCAACAAGCGUUGCAGAUAAUACAGUCUUCAGGUGGGGAUGGAGGUGCAGGGACUGGAACUGUUGAGGUCGCAAGGAAACCCCGGGGAAGGCCUCCUGGUUCGAAGAAUAAGCCUAAGCCUCCUAUUAUCAUUACCCGGGACAGUGAAAAUGCUAUGCGGCCGCUACUUCUGGAGGUCGCUGGGGGCUGUGAUGUGGCCGAGAGUAUUGCGCACUUUGCUCGCAGGAGACAGAUCGGGGUCUGUGUUAUGAGCGGCAAUGGAAUCGUCUCUAAUGUGACGCUGCGUCAGGCAACCAACCCUGGUUCGGCGGCUACUUUUCAUGGAAGGUAUCAGAUUUUGUCUUUGUCGGGGACGUUUUUGCCGGCCCCUUCUUCAUCUGGGGGGCUUACCAUAAGCUUGGCUGGGACGCAAGGGCAGGUUGUGGGAGGUAGCGUCAUGGGGCCUCUUAUUGCGUCCGGAGCUGUUAUCAUCAUUGCGGCUUCCUUUAUUAACCCUUCUUAUCACCGGCUGCCUCUGGAAGAUGAGGAGAAUGGUUCUGCCCAAAUGCAGCAGAGUAACCCAAACCCUCCUGAUUUGUCUGCUUCAAGCGGCCAUCCGCCCGCCAGUGAGGCCUGUGUCAUGGCCAUUUACUCUAAUCCUAUCCAUUGCCAGAUUCCGCCUGAUGCUUUUGCCUGGCCUAACCGUCCGUCUCACUUCUAGCUAAGGAUUUGUAUACAAUUUUGUCUCUUAACUGCAAAGCUGGUGGCAGCCUGAUGAAAAUAUGACGGAAGCCAUGGUUUAAGUCAGGCCUGUUGCCUUCUUUACUUUACUGAACUUGAUUAAGGAUUUCUUUCGUCUCUUAUAGCAAAAGCUGGUGGCCGCCUGAUGAAAAUUUCACGGAAGCCAAGGAUUUUAAGUUAGGUCUACAGCCUUCUUUUCUGUAUAAAACUCGAUUAAGGAUUUCUUUUUGUCUCUCACAGCAAAGCUGGUGGCCACUUGAUAAAAAUUUCACGGAAGCCAUGGUUGUUCAGUCAGGCUUGCCGCCUUCUUUUCUCUACUGAAAAAAACACGAUUAAAGAUUUCUGUGCUCUGCACUUCUCAUUUUAAUAUUUGUAUGUCUAUAUUUUUCUAGAUUUGGUUAAAGUAAAGUUGUGAAGCAUAUGAAUGAAGCUU